AGAGAAUUCCUCGGAUUCCGCGGCGGGCUUGGUGGGGAGGCUAAUCCGCCCGGGUUGACUGGCGCUAUGAGUUGCUUUCAGGGACAGAUGGCUGAGUAUCCAAACAUCUCCAUAGACCGCUUCGACAGAGAGAAUCUGAAGGCCCGUGCCUACUUCUUGUCCCACUGCCACAAGGAUCACAUGAAAGGAUUAAGAGCCCCAGCCAUGAAAAGAAGGUUGGAGUGCAGCUUGAAGGUUUACUUAUACUGUUCGCCCGUUACUAAAGAGUUGUUGUUAACUAGCCCGAAGUACAGAUUUUGGGAGACAAGAAUUAUAUCAAUUGAAAUUGAAACUCCUACCCAGAUAUCUUUAGUUGACGAAGCAUCGGGCGAGAAGGAAGAGAUUGUUGUGACUCUCUUACCAGCUGGUCAUUGCCCAGGAUCAGUUAUGUUUCUAUUUCAGGGCGACCAGGGAACUGUCUUAUACACGGGAGACUUCAGACUGGCCAAAGGAGAAGCUGCCCGGAUGGAGCUUCUGCACUAUGGGGGCAGAGUGAAAGACAUCCAAAGUGUGUACUUAGAUACUACUUUCUGCGAUCCAAAAUUUCAUCAAAUUCCUAGUCGGGGAGAGUGUCUGAGUGGAGUGGUGGAGCUGGUUCGGAGCUGGAUCACCCGGAGCCCGUACCACGUGGUGUGGCUGAACUGCAAAGCAGCUUACGGGUAUGAGUAUCUGUUCACCAACCUUAGUGAAGAAUUUGGACUCCAGGUUCAUGUGGAUAAGCUAGACAUGUUUCGAAACAUGCCUGACAUUCUUCAUCAUCUCACCACAGACCGCAGCACUCAGAUCCAUGCAUGUCGCCACCCAAAGGCAGAGGAAUAUUUUCAGUGGAAUAGGUUACCCUGUGGAAUUACUUCCAGAAAUAGGAUUCCACUCCACACAAUCAGCAUUAAGCCAUCCACAAUGUGGUUUGGAGAAAGAACCAGAAAAACGAAUGUAAUUGUGAGGACCGGAGAGAGUUCAUACAGAGCUUGUUUUUCUUUCCAUUCCUCCUACAGUGAGAUUAAAGAUUUCUUGAGCUACAUCUGUCCUGUGAAUGCAUAUCCAAAUGUCAUUCCAUUGGGCACAACUAUGGAUAAAGUUAUAGAAAUCUUAAAGCCUUUAUGCCGUUCUUCCCAAAGCACUGAGCCAAAGUAUAAACCACUUGGAAAACUGAAGAGAGCUAGAACAAUUCACCUAGACUCUGAGGAGGAGGAGGAAGAUGAACAUGACCUCUUUGAUGAUCCUCUGCCAGUACCUUUAAGGCACAAAGUUCCAAACCAGCGAACUCUUCACCCUAAGGUAUUUCAAAUGACUGCAGUAUCACAAAGCCAGCCUGAAAAACUAGGACAAAGCACAGGAUGCAACAGGGCAGAGAGCAUGCAAACCUCUCUUUGGGCAAACUUUAUAGACUGUGAAGAAUCCAACAGUGAAAGUGAGGAAGAAUCACAAAUCCCAGCAUCAUCUCAAGGAGAUCCGUGUCCUGUUACACAUCACCAACAAAAGGUAGAUGCAGAAGUACCACAGUGGGAAGUCUUCUUUAAAAGAAAUGAUGAGAUCACAGAUGAUGGUUUGGAAAACUUCCUUUCCUCCACAGAGGGAGGGGGCUCUCAGUCGCCAAAGCUUUUCAGUGACUCUGAUGGGGAGUCAACUCACAUCUCCUCUCAGAACUCCUCCCAGUCCACACACAUCUCAGAACAAGGAAGUCAAGGCUGGGACAGCCAACCUGACACUGUUUUGUUAUCUUUCCAAGAGAGAAACAGUGGGGACAUGACUUCCUUGAACAAAGGUGGCUAUAAACCAAGAAUCAAAGAGAAUCUUCCUGCCUCUCAGAUGGAACAAAGUGUACUUUGCCUAAAGGACUCUUCCUCUGAAGAUGUAACCACAGUUCCUAGUGUUGGAGAACCAACUACUGUAAGCGGUGGGAAACACAUACCUCAGGAAAGAAGGCUGCCAGCUCUCAGCACCAAUGCAGACUCACAGAGCUCCUCUGAUUUUGAAAUUCCCUCAACUCCAGAAGCUGAGCUACCUAAACGAGAGCAUUUACAGUAUUUGUAUGAGAAGCUGGCAGCAGGUGAGAGUAUAGUGCUUGACAAGAGAAAAAGCUCACUUAUAGAUACUUAAGAAUUCAUUCCAGAGCUGUGACUAAAGAAACCUAUACAAAGAGGUAACAGUCGAAAUCUUAAUAGAUAAAUUAAAAUGCUUAUAUAACCUAAAAGAAAGGAGGGGAAAAAACAAAAAAUGAAUACGAUACGGUAGGACUAAAUCCAAAUAGAUCAAUAAUUACAUUAAGUGAAAAUAGUCUAAACACACCAAUGAAAAGAUAGUCUGGAAAAAUAAAACAUAACCCAACUACAUGCUGUCAGUAACCAACUCACUUCACGUGAUAUAGGUUGGUUAAAAGUAAAAGGAUGGGAAAUAUACCAUGACAGCUGGUAUGGCAAUAAAAGGUGCAGUUCACUAAGAAGGUAUGAUUUUAAAUGUGUAUGUACUUAACAGCAGCUUCAAAAUACAGAGACACACCUCAGAGAGAUUGCAGACUGGGUUCUAGAUCACUGGCACAAAGCAAAACCACAAUAAAGCAGGUCACAUGAAAUUUUUGGUUUCCCAGUGCACAUAAAUGUUUACAAUAUACUACAGUCUAUUAAGUGUGCAUAGCAUUAUGUCUAAAAACCCCAGCAUGCUUUGAUUUAAAAAUACUUUGCUAAAAAAUGCUAACCAUCACCUCAGCCUUCAGCAAGUUGUAGCCCUUUGCUGGUGGAGGGUCUUGCCUUGAUGUUGAUGAGAACACGCUAUCUGUGAAGCGCAAUAAAAUGAAAUAUGCCUGUACAAAGUGCAAACAACUAAGAGGAGAAACUAAUGUACGAUUAUAGUUGUGACUUUAACAUUCCUCUCACAGUAACAAUUAGUUUACAGGAAGUCAGCAAGACCAUCUACCAAAGGGAUCUCAUUGAUUCUCUAUCCAACAACAAAAUACAUGCUUUUCAAGAGGACAUAGGGCAUUCACCAAGAUAGAUCAUAUACUAGGUCAUAAAAUAGUUCAAACUGAAAGAAUAAAAACUUGGACCUAUUACUGUAAACUAAUGGCUUUGGGAAAAACCAGCCCCCUACUUAACUCAAGAGAUGUUACACAACUUACGAAUGUUGGUGUGAAUACAAUGGCAAAAUUAAAACUACAAAAAUUAGGACAUAAAGGAAAAUAAUUAAAUGGCCAAAGUAUACACGUGUUCUGUGAGUCAUUCAACUUUCCUGAAGUCCACCAAUAGGAUAUGCUUUUGCACAGUAUGUAUGUGGAUUUAAUAAAGUUUUAUUAACACAUUAACAAGCACUUUAGUAUCCUGAUGUUUUGUAAAUUAAUGUAGCAAAAGCAAAGAUUUCUCUUAAAACUAGUCCAAGUAGUCUCUAGAAACAAUGUCCAUCAAUUCAACUAACACGAUAUACGUUAUCACUGUGCUGCAAGGUAAUUAGACCAACAGUAAGUAAUGGAUCCACAAGACUAAUUAGGGAACAAGACUUACAGUUAGUGGGAGAGGAAGAUAAAAGGGGCACUCAGAGGAAGCAAAGCCAAGAGGACCAGGAAGCCAGUCCUCACUUUUCCAGAAGGGAAUAUUCCAUUCCCAAAUGUUGGAGGCAGAUUUGCCCCUGUCCAUUUACAUGAGGAAAAACUAGACAGUGGCACCUUGACUUCACAUUCAACCAAGAAACUGACACAAGAGGAGGGAUGAGAGGAAGAAACUGUCAUCGUUAUUAUGGGAUAGGGUUGAGACGAAGGACCUGGUCAUUUCUGACUGGUCUUUAAGGACAUGUUGGGUCACAAUUUUAGGGAAGUAUCAACCCUAAAUUACUAAACAGUAAGUUUUAUCAACAUCUACACCAAUGGGAAUGGUCUGAGCACAGUACCUGGAGCAAAGGAGUAUAAGGAAGGACACAAGGAGUUUUAUGGGAAUGCUGGCCCCUUUUUUCCUAGAGCAGCUGCUGCUCUGAGCUUUGGAUGAAAUACAGUCUACAGACUUAGUGUACGGGGCAGGAUUAGAGUUGUAGUCAUUCCAUUUUGCCCAUCUCCCCUUUGAGUACUACUUCAUGAAUUCCAAGUGAAUAUAAAGACUCUAGAGAGAACCAGUGAGGAUUGUAAAUCAUUCAUUUGUUGAGUAUCUGGUAACAACUACAACAGGCCCAUUACAGAAACCCAGAGGCUUCAUAUUUUAUUUAUAGCUCUAAAAAUUAGUUAUAGUUCAUUAUCAUAAAUCAUGUAAUCAAAUAUAUAUUUGUAUAUACUGACACUUAAGAUUUCAUCUUAAUAGUAUAGCUUAUGAUCUAAGGGAGGGGGUGGUGUUCAAAACAUGCCUAUAAACAUUCUUCUGAAUAUAUUCUUAGCAUUUUAUGAUCACACUAUUAAUUUAAUACUACAUACUGCCACAUUUUCAUCAUUAUAUAAGAAUCUAGCAUAAUAAAUGCUGGCUGAAUGACUUUAAGGGCUAAGAACACUAGAAUGGACUUAGGUCACAAAAGAUGUUUAAGUAAGUACAGUGUCAUACAGUUGACCCUUGAACAUGAGUUUGAACUUAUCCAUGGACCCCCAAGUUCAAACUUGUAUUGUUCAAGGGUCAAUUGUAUAAACCUGUACUGGUUAAAGUACAGGUACUUUAUAAACCUAUACUUGAAGUACAGAAUAAUUAUAGCUAAUGCUUAAUAUGGUGCUUACUCUGCGAUAAUGCUUAAUUCUUUUACAUACUGUAUAUUAACUCCUUUAAUCCUCACAGCACCCUUUGAGGUAGAUAUAUUUGUUAUCCCCAUUCACAGAUAAGGAGGCUAAGGCACAGAGAGGUUGGUUCACAGCUAGUAGAGGGUGAAGCCAGGAAUCCAAUACAGACGACUCAGGCCCCAGAGUCCAUGCAUGCUCUUCAUCACCAUGCAAUAAGGCCUAUCAAGAAGAGCUUAAGAGUGGGCAGGAUUAAUUACAGUGGCUACUUGAUUUUUACUUGAACUAUAAAGUAUAAAAUGGAAGGAAAAAAGUUUCAAACUGCCAUGAUAUAUGAGAGAAGAAACUCAGUAGCUACCCACAUUUGCCUUAGAGAAGAAUCCAAGGCUUAGAAGUUUGUUUAAACUAACAGUAGAAAUUGGUUUUUAAAAACUGCCCAAAGUUGGUUAAAUUCAUUAAGCACAGGCAUAGUUUAUUGCCUCUUAGCUGCAUGAUCUUGUUACCUAACCAGUUGCAACCUGCUUCCUCAGGUUUACUAUAGGGAUGACGGUACCUACUUCAUAGAUUUACAAGAAGCACAUGAUUAUAUAUAAAGGCCUAAGAUUUGCUCAGGAAUAUUAGCUCUAAUU